AUGCUGGGCCAGAAUGAGCCCCUGGGGGGAAGUCUCGUCACCAGCUGGCCCCCCGCACUUCCUGCCAUGAAGGAAGAGGAAAGCAGUGAGGAGGAGGCCACGGCAGCCACCACCUCUAAGGAGCAGGGAGCUGUCCCUGCAGACCUGGAUGGAGUUCGAACACCGGAGCCCUUGGAGGACUUCCCGAAGCGUGAAGACCAGGAGGGCUCCUCGCCGGAAACCAGCCUGCCCUACAAGUGGGUGGUGGAGGCUGCAAACCUCCUCAUCCCUGCCGUGGGGUCCAGCCUCUCGGAAGCCCUGGACUUGAUCGAGUCGGACCCUGAUGCUUGGUGUGACCUGAGUAAAUUUGACCUGCCCGAGGAGCCGUCCGCAGAGGGCAGCAUCAGCAACAGCCCGGUGCAGCCAUCACCAUCACGGCGGCAGCAGGUGCCGCCGCCCCGCCAGCCUGCUGCCCUGGUGCCCAGUGUGACCGAGUACCGCCUGGACGGCCACACCAUCUCAGACCUGAGCCGGAGCAGUCGGGGCGAGCUGAUCCCCAUUUCCCCCAGCACUGAGGUGGGGGGCUUGGGCAUCGGCACGCCGCCUUCGGUGCUCAAGCGGCAGAAGAAGAGGCGUGUCGCCCUGUCCCCUGUCACGGAGAACAGCGCCAGCCUGUCCUUCCUGGACUCCUGUAACAGCCUCACCCCCAAGAGCACACCCGUCAAGACCCUACCCUUCUCGCCCUCCCAGUUUCUGAACUUCUGGAACAAACAGGACACACUGGAGCUGGAGAGCCCCUCACUGACGUCCACCCCGGUGUGCAGCCAGAAGGUGGUGGUCACCACACCCCUGCACCGGGAUAAGACGCCCCUGCACCAGAAACACGCGGCGUGA